AGUGUGGCCACAGGGAUGCGCGGUGUAUGGAGUGUGGCCCAAGGCGUGAGUGUGGCCACAGCAGCUAGGGGAGCGCGCGGCCAGGCGCCACAGUUCAGGGGUUCACAGCUACAUAGACUCGUGCGUUCCGCAGCUUCUCUCACUUCCAUGCCGCCCAAGAGGAAACAGGAAAGUGUUGAGGAUGGAGAAGAGAAGAAAGGCACCAAAAUAGUAAAGAAGGAAGAUUUUUCAUCAGAUGCAAAAACAGAAGAGGGCGAGAAAUGGAAUCUGAAGGUGGUCUCUUGGAAUGUUGAUGGCAUUCGUGCUUGGCUAAAGAAAGAUGGAAUGUCAGUGUUUGAACUUGAGAAACCCGACAUUGUGUGCCUUCAGGAGACCAAGUGUGCCGAGGCCAAACUACCAGAUGAAGUCAAGAAUAUCAAGGGUUACAAGAGCUACUUCAUGUCUUCUAAAACAGAAGGGUAUUCAGGUGUGGCACUCUUUUCCAAGAUCGAGCCACUUAAAGUGACUUACGGCUUCAGUGACAAGACACAUGAUGAUGAGGGACGCUGUAUUACUGCAGAAUAUGACAAAUUUUAUUUAGUCACUACUUAUGUUCCAAAUGCAGGAAGAAAGCUUGUCACACUGGACAAAAGGUUGGACUGGAACACAAAAUUUCACAAGUACCUACAAGACCUUGAUGCAAAGAAGCCAGUCAUCAUGUGUGGCGACCUCAACGUGUCGCACAAGGAAAUUGAUUUGGCAAAUCCAAAGGGGAACAAGAAGAAUGCUGGAUUCACCAAGGAAGAAAGAGAGGGAUUCACAGAUCUUUUAGAAAUGGGUUUUGUGGACUCAUUCAGACAUUUAUACCCUGAUGCAACUUCAAAAUACACAUUUUGGACCUACAUGUUUAACUGCAGGGCCAAAAAUGUUGGAUGGCGACUGGAUUACUUUGUCCUCUCCAAACGCUUGGUCCCUCAGUUGUGUGACAGUCUCAUCCGUGACUCACUUUAUGGCUCAGAUCACUGCCCUGUCACUCUGCUAAUGCACAUGUGAUGAGCCUGUAAACAAACAAUAACAUUUGUGUUAGUUCAUUUCCUUAAAAACAGCUGAAGUUGUGAAAUGACAAUAGAAAAAGUCAUAAACUAAUACAGUAAUUGUCACCAGAGGUUGUCGUACCUGAUGCGUUUGCAUUGUUGAUGUUGAUCAUUGUGUAAAAACUUCUGAAAGACAUUUUGCAAUUUUUUUUUGUCAUUGCCAAUGCAGAACUGUACAAUUUUGCAGUAUUAUAUGAAUCAAUAGAAUAUUGACUAGUGUCAUUGAUAUAUGUAUUUACUGUAGUUUUAUGUAUAUGAGCAGUGAAAAUUCAUUUUGUUUUGUGAAAUGUGUAGAAAAGUAGCUGUACAUACAGUACAAUGUUUGGUUUAUAAAAAACGUCAUAUGUAACAAUGAGCACACAUUAAGUUUAAUACAUUUCUUGAUACAGUUUUUCAUUUCUUUAUUCAUUUUGUUAUUGAGUCUGUAUAUUAUGGUGUAUUGUGCUUCUUGCAGUCUUAUUUUUUAAGUGCCAUACACUUUAAUUCACUCCUAUUCUUUGAUUGUUAUUUGUAAUCACACUUUAAGCAAUUCUGUUUCUUCCAUUUCUUUAUUUGGAUAAAAUAGUUUUUCAACAUGGCAAUCCAAUUAUACUUUUAAUAACUGUAUUAUCCACUCCAUGAUCUUAUCUUCCAAAAUACAUUUUGUAUUAUUAAUUGUGCAAGUACCGGUACACAUCACAUGUAUAAAUAUGCCUCACAUAUGGCCUCUCAUUAUUUUUCAUUUGUGAAGUGUUUUUAAAUAUUGCUUAGAUCUCAUUUGCAAAUACAGUACAUUUUAUAUUAAUACUUAAAUUGAUUCAUGGUAUAUGUUUUAACUUGAAACAGUGACUAUUAUGUCAUUUACAUAUGCAGAUAUGAAGAACUUAAAUGAAGAUUGCUUAGUCUUAAUAGGUAAUAAUAAUAAAAUGCCCUAUAAGAUUUUACAAAGGUUUGGUUGGGCAUAUCUCAGGAUUUGUAUGGGUGAGAAUGCUCUGGAACACUUGAGAUAUGUUGCUCAGAGGCUCAAGAGCAGAUUUUUGUAUUGUUAACACUAUCAAUGUAAUAAAAGUUGAUAUUGGACAAUG